AAAUUUUAACCAGGACAUAAACAAACACGGACUGAACCAAUACAACUUUCUGGCCCAGCCAUUCAUUGCACAACCACUAACAAUGUGGUUCUUUCUAAUCCAGCUUGUUCUGACUUCUUGUCUGAUUGAAAAAUAUAAAUGCACAACAACAACUGAUCAGGUUUUUUCAAUCACACCAAGACUGCAAGGGGAUGUAGAACUGCUCAAGAAUGUAUCUAGCAUGCAUGAGACAGUACUAUGGCAGCCAGCCUCACCUGAUCAAAUCACAAUCAAUGCAGAAGUUCACCUGUUUAUUCCUGCCUCCAGUCAAAAGCCCAUCAUAAAGCUGCUACAAAGAUAUGACAUCACGCACAGGGUUUUGCUGGCAAAUGCUCAAGAGCUGAUUGAAGCACAGAAAAGAAACUAUUCCACAGACCCCAGGAGCAGCACAUCUUAUUAUGAAAGAUACCAUCCCUUGGAGGAUAUUUAUCACUGGAUCAAUAAAACAAGUCGAGAAUAUUCCGAAAGGUUGCAGGUCAUACUAAUCGGAUCAUCUGUUGAGAAACAACCUCUUUUUGUUCUGAAGCUGUCUGGUAAAGGAAAUCAGCCCAAGAAAGCUAUUUGGAUGGAUUGUGGCAUUCAUGCCAGAGAGUGGAUAUCCCCUGCAUUCUGCAUGUGGUUUGUUCAAUAUUCUGUCAUGUAUUAUAAUCAACAUUCUGACAUCACUGAAAUCCUUGAUAAAAUGGAUGUCUAUGUCCUACCAGUUAUGAAUCCUGAUGGAUAUAAAUACUCAUGGAUAGAGAACCGAAUGUGGAGAAAGAAUCGUUCCAGAAAUGUGGACAAUACCUGUGUAGGGACAGAUCUCAACAGAAACUUUGACGCAAACUGGUGCACUAAGGGAUCGUCGGAUAACCCCUGUGAUGAGACAUACUGCGGUAGAUUUCCAGAGUCAGAACCAGAAGCUGCAGCUGUGUCUAACUUCAUACGAAGCAGAAAGGAUCUGGUGAAGCUGUACCUCUCCAUCCAUUCCUACUCACAGAUGCUGAUCUUUCCAUAUUCAUGUUCCUACCAAGAGGCCCCCAAUCACCAAGAACUAUAUGAGAUUGCACAGGAAGCAGCAAUGAAAAUCAAAAUACAUUACAAAAAUAAUUAUAAGUUUGGGGCUGGAGCAAAAUCUUUCUAUCUUGCUCCAGGUGGUUCUGAUGACUGGGCAUAUAAUCUUGGGAUUGAUUAUUCUUUCACGUUUGAGCUUCAAGACAAUGGCCGCUAUGGAUUCCUUCUCCCCCCGUCACAUAUUUCGAAGGCUUGCAGUGAAGCUCUUACAGCAGUGAAGAGCACUGCCCUCAAUGUCAUCAAGAGAAGGCGUUUCAGCUAAAACUCUUCACAAAAAUGCAGAAUUAUUGAAAUGCUGUCAUAUUCUUUUUAAUAUAAUACUAUACUGUAUUGGCAAAGUCGUUCUACAUGUGAGAGGGAUGUGAUGUUGGGAACAACCAUUGAAAUUAUCUUUUUCAGUAUGUUAAAAUGGAAAAUAAAUCAUAAUCUGUACUAAUGUAA